GGUUCGAGGCCGGCGGGGCCCGGGGCAGGGGGGCGGCGCCACGCCGCGGCCUGGCGCGCCGCUCUGGGCCGCCCGCCCGGUCCCGGAGACCGGCUGGGCGGGCCGCACCUCCCCGCUCCCACCCCGCGGGGUCCCCACUGCCCCGCUGAGCAUCGCCUUCCCGGUACCUGCUCUCUGUUUUCUCUCCUCCCCCCGGGGAUCGAGCCGGCCCGGACCGGCGCCUGGGGCUGAGACUCCGAGUAAGUGGUGUGUCCGAGGCUGCCCGGCUCGGGGGCGGCAUGGUCAGCCUUUCCGGGUGGCUCCGCUACCGCGAAGCCUUCACUUAAGCGCACGAUGGCAGGAAAGAAGGGAAGGGUUGUUCAAGCCCAGCGGAUCUGCCUAGAGAGUUUUCAGCGCGCCCCUUUGAGGGACUGGAGAGGUGGUGCCUCUCCAAACCAGGGGCCACGGUGAGCGGGACGGCUUGACAUUUAUACAUUUGGAAUUGGGAGAAAAGGAUUCUCCAACCGCCUAACGCCAAUUUAAAAAGAAAUGAUGAUGAUGAUUGUUUUAAACAAGUCUUUCUCACUUUGAAUUUGGAAGCAGAUGCUUCUCCGUGUUUCUAUGGGACGGCUGGACUCCUUGGCAGGCAUUGAUUAGGAACUGACAGCAGAGACCCGAGUUUGUGGAUGAUCGGGCUGUUGGAACAGGAAUGGUUUGCGGUUCUGAGAGUUUCUGGAGAGCUGAGAAAACAGAAGUCCUCAGUGAAGAUCUGUUACAGAUCGAGCGGCGCCUGGACACCGUGCGCUCCAUGUGCCACCAUUCCCACAAGCGCCUGAUGGCCUGCUUCCAGGGCCAGCACGGCACCGAUGCCGAGAGGAGACACAAAAAACUGCCUCUGACAGCUCUUGCUCAGAAUAUGCAAGAAGCAUCAACUCAGCUGGAAGACUCUCUCCUGGGGAAGAUGCUGGAGACGUGUGGGGAUGCUGAGAAUCAGCUGGCUCUGGAACUCUCUCAGCACGAAGUCUUUGUCGAGAAGGAGAUUGUGGACCCUCUGUAUGGCAUCGCCGAGGUGGAGAUUCCCAACAUCCAGAAACAGAGGAAGCAGCUCGCCAAAUUGGUGUUAGACUGGGACUCGGUCAGAGCCAGGUGGAACCAAGCUCACAAAUCUUCAGCAACCAACUUUCAGGGUCUUCCCUCAAAAAUAGAUACCCUCAAGGAGGAGAUGGAUGAAGCUGGAAAUAAAGUCGAACAGUGCAAGGAUCAACUUGCAGCAGAUAUGUACAACUUUAUGGCCAAAGAAGGGGAGUAUGGCAAAUUCUUUGUUACGUUAUUAGAAGCCCAAGCAGAUUACCAUAGAAAAGCAUUAGCAGUCUUAGAAAAGGCCCUUCCCGAAUUGCGAGCCCAUCAAGAUAAGUGGGCGGAAAAGCCUGCCUUCGGGACGCCUUUGGAGGAACACCUGAAGCGGAGCGGGCGUGAGAUCGCGCUGCCCAUCGAGGCCUGUGUCAUGCUGCUCCUGGAGACAGGGAUGAAGGAGGAGGGCCUUUUCCGGAUUGGGGCUGGGGCCUCCAAGUUAAAGAAACUGAAGGCUGCUUUAGACUGUUCUACUUCUCACCUGGAUGAGUUCUACUCGGACCCCCAUGCGGUAGCAGGUGCUUUAAAGUCCUAUUUACGGGAACUGCCUGAACCUUUGAUGACUUUUAAUCUGUAUGAAGAAUGGACGCAAGUUGCCAGUGUACAGGAUCAAGAUAAAAAGCUUCAGGAUUUAUGGAGAACAUGUCAGAAGUUGCCACCACACAAUUUUGUUAACUUUAGGUAUUUAAUCAAGUUCCUUGCAAAGCUCGCUCAGACCAGCGACAUUAACAAAAUGACUCCCAGCAACAUCGCAAUCGUGUUGGGCCCUAACUUGUUAUGGGCCAAAAACGAAGGAACGCUAGCGGAAAUGGCAGCAGCCACAUCUGUCCACGUGGUUGCAGUCAUUGAACCCAUCAUUCAGCAUGCCAACUGGUUCUUCCCCGAAGAAGUGGAAUUUAACGUAUCAGAAGCCUUCGUCCCUCUCGCCACCCCCACUUCCAAUCACUCUUCUCACACUGGAACUGACUCUGUCGACUCGGGGACCCUGGAGAGGAAGCGGCCUGCCAGCAUGGCGGUGAUGGAAGGGGACCUGGUGAAGAAGGAGAGCUUUGGUGUGAAGCUUAUGGACUUCCAGGCCCACCGGCGGGGUGGCACUCUAAAUAGAAAGCACAUAUCCCCUGCUUUCCAGCCACCACUCCCGCCCACAGAUGGCAGCACCUUGGCGCCAGCAGGCCCGGAGCCCCCUCCCCAGAGCUCUAGGGCUGAAAGCAGCACAGGGGGUGGGACUGUCCCCUCCACUGCGGGCAUGCUGGAGCAGGGGCCGAGCCCGGGCGACAGCAGUCCUCCAAAGCCCAAGGACUCUGCGACUGCACCUGCACCUGGGAGAAACAGCAGUCAGGCGGCCACCGGGCAAAGCCAGGCCCAGGCAGCUGCUGGCUCGCAUCAGCUCUCCGUGGGUCCCGCGCACAAUUCCGCUGGCCCGAGCCCACACACGCUGCGCCGAGCUGUGAAAAAACCUGCUCCCGCACCCCCGAAACCAGGAAACCCGCCUCCUGGCCAUCCCGGGGCCCAGAGUUCUCCAGGGACAUCUCAGCAUCCGCCCAGCCUGUCACCAAAGCCGUCCACCCGCAGCCCUUCUCCUCCCACCCAGCCCCCGGGCCAGGCCCCAGGCCAGCCCGGCGCCACCUCGCAGCUCUCCGCACCCCGGAGGUACUCCAGCAGCCUGCCUCCGAUCCAAGCCCCCAACCACCCCCCGCCGCAGCCCCCCACACAGGCCACGCCGCCGCCGGCGCUGGCUAAGCCGGGCAGCCAGGGCCCCGCCGCCCCCGUGGCCCUGCCCGGCGAGCAUGGACUGGAGCAGCCAUCGCACACCCCUCCCCAGACGCCCACGCCCCCCAGUACUCCACCCCUAGGAAAACAGAACCCCGGCGGCCCUCCUGCUGCUCCGACCCAGGCGGGGAGUAACACUGAGAGCGCGCAGCCACACGCCGGAACCUUGCCGAGACCGAGACCGGUCCCCAAGCCGAGGAACCGGCCCAGCAUGCCCCCGCCCCCUCAUCCUCCGGGCGCCCACCCGACGGCGGAUGGCAGCCUCAGCAUCGCCGCUCCCACCGCCUCCAAAAUCGUCACCGACGCCAAUCCUAGGGCUUCAGAACCGCUUCGCAGCCUAUUUCCCGAAAUGCACUCAGACUCAGCCAGCAAAGACCUGCCCGGCCGCAUUCUGUUGGACAUGGACAAUGAUACAGAAAGUACCGCCCUGUGAAGAAAGCCACCCCGCCCCCGCCCCGGACCCCUUCCACCCUGGCGAGUGGAACAGGGGCCAGGCAGACAUUCAUCUUCACAGACCCAACAGCGAGAAGCUUUCAGUGGAAGGAAAAAGAAGGCCUCCCCAGCCCUGCAGGACCCGGCCUCCUUCCCAGCCCCAGGAGAGCAGGGAGGCUGACACUUAAAGCUGAAUGACCUGUGUCUUGAAGAAGUUGGCUUUCUUUAAAUGGGAAAGAAUCAUGCCAAAAGAAAGAAAGCAAGAAAGAAUUUUUUUUGAAAAGAGAAAGCAAAAAAGAAUUACCUGCAGCAGAAAGCGCAUCCCUUGUAGGAAGCUUGUGUCGCUGCUGUGAAUGCCGGCAGCAGCCUCAGCAAAUUGGAAUGAAGGAAAAGCCAUGCGCUGAGCACCUGUUUCAUCAAAUGCAUUCAUUACACGAGUCUCCUAAACUUCCCGCUCCAUCGACUUUUCAUGCUCCCGUAUCUUCAAGGGAGGCUGCUCUCCCUCAGACCCACUGCAGAAUCAUUUCGUACGACGUGUGGGCUUCGUCUCCCCCUCAGAGCCACGAGCAUCGGUGGUGACCGCUGGAUCCGUCACCUCAGCAAAUGAGAUCGCCCUGUGCCUUGUCAGAUUGCCAGAAUGAAGAGAGAAAUGUACUGUGUUUGUUUGUUUGUUCGUUUUCCAAACCAUGUAAUUGCUACUUGAUAAGGACCGAACAUUAUUCUAGUCUCAUGUUUAAUUUGAAUUAAAUAUAUUCUGUGGUUUAUAUGAAA